AUGAGCAAAGCAGGAAAGCGCGGUCAUCAUGAAGUGGACAACUUCGAGGAGGAUGGCUUCCUUGAGAACGAUGACGGUAGUGCCCGCAAGACCAAGAAGACCAAGAAGGCAGAGUCAAGUAGCGAUGAUCAAGAUAACUUUCCAAAGGGAGCAAGCCUCGCCGGGUUACCAUCUCAGAGUUUAAAGGAAACAGGCUCAUCAAUAUCCGAGAGUUUUACGACAAGGAUGGCAAAUACCUACCUGGCUCUAAGGAAAGUUAUCCGUAGAUCACAAAUGUCCGGUAUCGUAGUUCCCAACAUUAACAAGCACUUGAAAGGACUGGGUAUCGAUGUGUCAGCUUCGACGCUUUCGGGUGAGGAAUCCGAAGUGGCGAUACCAAAGAGACGGGUUAAGGCAAAGAAGGAGGCAAAGGCGAAUAUUGAGGCUACGUCUGAAGAAGACGAGGAAUAA